GAAGAAGAAGAAGAAGAAGGGGGAGGAGGCUGUUCACAGAAGAAGAAGGAAGGCUGUUCGGCGCCAUAUUUAAUACUGAAGCUAGCUAGCGUUAGCUGUUUACAAACCUAAACUUUCAACUUGAGUCGGAAACCAAAAUCAAAUCGUCAACGUAAACGAAAAUGAAUGUCGUAGAUCACGUACGGGACAUGGCUGCCUCUGGCCUUCACUCCAAUGUCAGGAUACUCAGCAGUUUGUUGUUGACCAUGAGUAAUAACAACCCUGAGCUGUUCUCACCAGCCCAGAAGUACCAGCUUCUGGUUUAUCAUGCUGAUGCCAUCUUCCAUGAUAAGGAAUAUCGUAAUGCUGCCUGCAAAUACAGCAUGGCACUGCAGCAGAAGAAGGUGCUCAGCAAAACAUCUAAAGUCCGUACCUCUGCUGGGGGAGCAGCAUCCAACAUACAGGCACAGAGUUUGCCAUCAGAAAUUGAAGUUAAAUACAAGAUAGCUGAAUGCUACACCAUCUUGAAACUGGACAAAGAUGCUAUUGCAGUGCUUGAUGGGAUUCCAUCUAGACAGAGGACUCCAAAGAUCAACAUGAUGCUAGCUAACCUGUACAGGAAAGCUGGUCAAGAGCGCUCUGCUGUGACGAGCUAUAAAGAGGUUCUGAGACAAUGUCCUCUUGCUCUGGAUGCCAUCAUUGGACUUCUUUCUCUCUCAGUCAAAGGGGCUGAAGUGGCAUCCAUGACUAUGGAUGUGAUCCAGAGCAUCCCAAACCUGGACUGGCUCUCUGUUUGGAUUAAAGCAUAUGCCUUCAUACAUGCAGGGGACAAUCAAAGAGCCAUUAACACCAUUUGCUCUCUAGAGAAAAAGUCCUUGCUGCGGGACAAUGUGGACCUCUUGGUGAGCCUGGCAGAUGUGUACUUCAGAGCGGGGGACACCAAAAACGCCAUCCUCAAAUUUGAACAAGCCCAGAUGCUGGACCCUUACCUUAUUAAAGGAAUGGAUGUUUAUGGCUACCUGAUGGCCCGUGAGGGUCACCUGGAGGAUGUUGAGGUCCUGGGAGGACGAUUAUUCAAUAUAUCAGACCAACAUGCUGAACCCUGGGUGAUCUCUGGUUGCCACAGCUUUUAUAGCAAGCGUUACUCCAGAGCCUUGUACUUGGGAGCGAAGGCCAUUCAGCUGAACAGUAACAGUGUGCAGGCUCUCCUUCUGAAAGGGGCAGCACUAAGAAACAUGGGUCGAGUUCAGGAGGCCAUCAUCCACUUCAGAGAGGCCAUGCGCCUGGCACCCUGUCGACUCGACUGCUAUGAAGGUCUGAUCGACUGUUACCUAGCAUCCAAUGGCAUUCGAGAGGCUAUGGGGAUGGCUAAUAACAUCUAUAAAACUUUGGGAGCCAAUGCACAGACUCUGACCAUACUGGCUACAGUUUGUCUUGAAGACCCUGUAACUCAGGAAAAAGCCAAAACUUUACUAGACAAAGCUCUCGCCCAGAGACCUGACUACACAAAAGCUGUGGUUAAAAAGGCAGAACUGCUGAGUCGAGAGCAGAAAUAUGAAGAAGGAAUCACUCUUCUCCGGAAUGCUCUGGCCAAUCAAAGUGAUUGUGUCUUGCAUAGAAUGCUGGGAGAUUUUCUGGUUGCUGUCAAUGAUUAUCAAGAAGCUAUGGAUCAGUAUAGCAUAGCACUAAGCCUGGAUCCCAAUGAUCAGAAGUCUUUAGAAGGCAUGCAGAAGAUGGAGAAGGAGGAAAGUCCCACCGAUGCCACGGUGGAGUUGGACGGGGACGACAUGGAGGGCAGUGGAGAGGACGGAGACCUGGAGGGCAGUGACAGUGAAGCAGCGCAGUGGGCUGAUCAGGAACAGUGGUUUGGCAUGCAGUGACCACGGCUUAUUCAAGGCUGCCUGUGCAGUGCCACCGUCUGACACACAUCAGCCUGUAGAACGCCUUCAGCCAGGGCCAUCAGACGGGACGAGGGGGCACGCUGCUCCACACCCAUCACACCAUCACGGGGUUAAAAUCAUGCAACUCUGCCAACUUUUAGGACAAUGUUUGCGGUUCAGCUACAGAAAGACUCCAGACCUAAUAAAAAUGUAGUGUAGCCCUGAACACCGGGUAUUUUUGAUCUAAUGGCAUAGUCUCUUAAGAGCCACCUCAUCAUGGAGCCUAUUGGGAUUUGUUUGCUUAUCUACAGCUGUGCAUUACAGCCUUUACUGAAUCCAUAAUUAUUCAUUUCUAUGAUGCCACUGUGGCUGUUUUCUCUUCUUUCCUGUAGGUGUGUAUUUUAAAUAUUUGCAGAAUGUCAGUAGAUUCAAAAGGAUUUGGUUUUGGUUAUGUUUGAGGGUCAGUUUGCAGGAGGUAAGAUGACGCCCUUGGUUGAAACUGACCAUAGGCUGUUGUCACAGGUCACAGUCACAUGGUGUGAUGGGUCAUUUUUUUAGGCCAAAAGUGUCUGAAAGUGUCUGUGAUGUUACAAGAGAGACUGGAAAAGCUUUGACAUUUUGGUUUGUUUGAGCCAUAGAAAGUAAAUUAUAGAUGUCAUCCCACAGGGAGUCUAUGGAAAACAAUGUAAAAACAAUUGUGCUGCUCUUAAAUGUGUCAGUUUUAUUCUCAAAUGUUUGCCUUGUAAUAUACGUGGUUGUUUUUGCAUUUUGUCUUGAGCUGCCUUUGUGAAAAUAAGAACUAAUUUGACUCAUUCCUAGGUUUGCAAGCAUUACCCAUUUCAAGACAAAUGUUUGUAGUAUUUUGUACAUAUUUAUAAAGUGUAAAAUAAACGAUUAAACAGA